GAAUCAGUUGCAACAAGUCAUUCCGCGUAGGUGGCGGUCUGGGUGGUAACUUAGCUCAGGUGGGCGUCGACAUCGAAAUGUUAUAACGUUUUCACUACGAGGAGAAAUAAAUAUUAUUUGGUUCUCAAAGCUCUCGCGUAGGCAGUAGGCUGCGCUCGACGUCACCCGUCAGUGAGUUUUGCGUUAGCGCAAGGAGCGAACGUGAGCGCGAGCCGCGUAUUCGAUUGUAGCUGCAGCGAACAGUGUAAACCGGUGACAGAUGGAUUUGCAGGUCGCGGGACAGUGGCGUCGAGAGUGGGCCGGCACGGCAGAGUUCGGAGAUGUAGUAGAAGGCGGAGUGACACGUCGCGUAGCUCGUGCUAUGGAGGUGCUGAACGCGAGCGCGCCGGGCGCCAGGGUGCGGGUGAUGCGCGCCGCCUACCACUCCACCGCCGCGCCGGGGCGACCAGCCUCCACGUAUUUGAUGCACUCAUCCAGACAGGUUAUAUCUUCCGGAAAUCGUUUCUUGGAACAAUCAUCAUCCUCAUCGCCAAUCAAACCACUAGAAAUAUCAUCAACUCCGUUGGAAUCGUCACAUGACAGCGAAGCGGAAAGAGAAAACUAUAAGGUGACUGAACCAGACGACUUGGAUAUUUCGGAACCGUCCAAAUGGAAAGGUUCGACCUCGAAGUCUUCCAUAAGAUUACCGAGCGAGGAAUCGUCGUCAGCAGAUAAUGCUAGCAUCAUUGACCUUGACUCCAGAACGAACAGUAGAAACAGUUUUCGAAGAAGUUUCAGAAGAAAAGAGGAUCCAAUAUUAGAAGGACACAGAAUGAAUCCGAGAGUCUCUCCACUUUUGGAUGCACCUGUGGCAUUAAACACUCUAAAAUAUACGUCACUUUUAAACGGAACCGACGACUGGAAUGAUAGAAGGAAAAGUUACAGUUUUGAGGAUCCGGCACCAUCUCAGACGUCUUUCAAUAAAAGAGUCCGCCAAGAAAAGGACAAAUUCACAUUUGACUCCUCUACUGAUAGUGGAAUAUGCAAAUCGUCGGAAAUCGUCGAUGACCAGAGAAAUUUCAGUCACCUAGAUAAAUCGCCGUUCGAGCCAGAAAACAACACGUUCCGGGAUUGGCUGUCUAAAAACAGAUCGUACAAAAUGAAACCAAUUAAAACCAAACAUUUUGACGACAAUUCGAGCAAUAUAUCAUUAAAAUCUACAGGAAAAGUGACAAUAACGUUACCAGUAACUUUGGAAAGUGACACAGCCUCGGAAUCUGUUUCGAAUAGCAACGAAGACAGUGAUCGUAAAAUAAAGAGAGUGGAAUUCUGUAAGACGGAACUCCAUUUCGCCGCCGAAUCUGGAACAGUCAAUAUAAUAGCAACUGACGAGAAACCGCCCCCUACAAACGACUUUAGAAGAAAACGGAGCGCAUUCGUCCCAUUAAAGGAUAGAUUCGAAAAACCUAUCACGUUAUUUGGAGACAAGAGCGACCUAUUCGAUUCUGUGACGGAUGAGAUGAAAUUAAACAUUCAAAACGAUGAGAAUACGGCAGCUACAAAAAGUAUUCUCAAAAACAAGAUCCCGAAACCCAAGCCAUAUCUCUUAGGGGAGAAUAUGGAAUUUGGGAACGUGGAUAGUAAUUCUUCAAAAGAUUCCGACACCUUUUCAGUACCAACCUCCGUUUCUUUGAUCAACAGACAGUUGCAAUCAGCGAGGCAUAUACAUUCUCCUAGUUACCUGAGCGACAUAGACACUACUGUUAUUCCCCACGAAGUUUCAAAGACCAACACCAAAGGUCUAGAAAAUCACAACGAAACAAUUCACACAAUUGUGCGGGAUCAUGUCCUCGAUCAUCCUGUACGAAGAGUUAAAAAAUCAUCGUCACCAGAACCAGGAAAAAGUAAAAGCAGGGAACUACGAAAAUCAGAUUUGGCAUACUUCGGCAUAUACAACGAUAAGGAGAAAAAAACUCCUAGUCAUGAUAAUUUGCAGGAAGAAAUAUUUCAUUCAGUAAAACUAGUACAGAAGGUAUCAAAUAGUGUCAGUAACAGUGAGAUCGAUUCAGAUGAGGCUCCCGAAUAUGAAAAUCUGUCCACACGUUAUAGUCAGAUGAUCCCAACACCUAAGCCGAGAACAAAAUACAAGAGCGAGGUGAAAUCACUUAAAGAAUCGGAAACAUUACGAACUAUACCAGAGCGUGUUAAUGAAUCAGUAAAUGACAUGCGAAGAGCAGCUCUCAAUAAAUAUAGUUCGAUAAGUAAUGACGACAGGGAUAAGUCUCGAUCGAGGAAUUCUAAAUCUACUAUAACGCGUGGCUCGCCUGGGCCUAGGCACAAUAAAAAUGAAUAUUCAUCAGAUUAUAACAAAAAAGAAAUAUACAAUAACGCCACCGAUGUUAAAGAACGCUCAGUGACUCCACUUUAUAUGAAUAUCAAAACUUCCAGAGAUAAAGUUGCUAGUGAAAAACAAACAAAAAAUCACACAGAUCAUAAGUCUACUAAGGAUAGAAGCUCUAAAAGACUCAGUAAAAGUCCAGAACAUAAAAACAGAAUAGUUGAAAAGGUUGAAACGACGAAAAAUGAUAACGUGCUCGCGAAACUUGAUAAGAUAGAUCAAAAUAACUAUACUAAAAGUACUAAAGAAAAUAUUGAUAGAUUGGCGACACCUAAACACAGACCCAAGCGUGAAGAUAUGGAAAAUUUACUCCCAAAAAAGAAAACAUUGGCUAAUAAAAAUCCCAAUGAUGUCAAUGACAAUAACGAUACCAACUCACGAUCCACAAGUAGUAGGAAAAAGUUGAUUGAGAAUUCUAACCUCAGUUUGAUUAAAUCUACACGGAAUAAUGACAAAGAAAACAAAAGAGAUACGCUGCGCGAAAAAAUAAAAUCCAAUACAAAAAUAUUAAGUGAUCCUAUGCAACUUGAAAUGUCAGCAAAAUCAAAGUACGGCGGAGAAGGCACAAAAGAUCUAAAAAUUAUAAGUGUGGAAAAGCCUAAAAAAAUGAAGAGAAGUGAGUAUGUCAUUAAUUAUGAUGACAAAAAUGGAACAGUUUCCUCGAUACGCAAAAUCGUUAACGGCACCAAUAGCCACAGGAAAAUAAAAACGCCCGUUGACAGUAAAGAUAGUCCGGUGCAGUAUACACGAAAAACUACUGCAACGGGCAAGAUCGCUUCGCUGCAGCGUCCAGAUCACCAAACAUUCAAAGACAAGCUCGAAUACAAAUAUAGGAUGAGGAAAUCGAAAAUGAACGUACCGAAAACUUGCCAACUGUUAUAAUGAACAAUAGACAAUCGCCGCAUGCGGUAGUGUUCCCAACGACUCCUAUACAGUGUGUCCUAUGCUUGUACAGUUAAAGUAAGAUUGUGAUCUCAUAACCGAAAAUUAAAAUUAGACUUAUAUCAUUAAUACUACGAGUAAGGCUGUUAUGAAAUAACAUUAUUAAUUAAUAAAACCUUAUUAUUUACUA